GUUUAAAUUUUUUGUUAUCAGGCGUCCUUCCGCGACCUUUUAAUUGCACAGAUCGAUAAGUCCGCCUGUUUCUGUUAUAGCGGCAAGGCUCCGGUUUAUUAUUCGACUAGUCUACAGAUGGCCGCACGUAGUGAGUGAUUCAUAAACUAGUGGCGCUAAUGACAUCGAAAACGGUGCGAAUUUUCAAAUUAGUUUAAAGGGAAACAUCCUCCAAGAUGACCGAGUGCCCUUUGGACAACAACGCCAGGCAAUUCGGACAAAAUGGGAUUAUUCAACCGCUUUUAACAGAUUUGUAUCAAAUUACUAUGGCGUAUGCGUAUUGGAAAUCCGGCAAAACGAAGGACCAUGCGGUAUUUGACUUAUUUUUUAGAAAGAAUCCUUUUCAAGGAGAGUUCACAAUUUUCGCCGGAUUGGAGGAAUGUUUGAAAUUUUUAGGGAAGUUUUGCUACUCGAAAAGUGAUAUUGAAUACUUAAGAAAAACUUUACCAUCAUCAACAGAAGAAGAGUUUUUUCAAUUUUUGAGCACACUAACGGCAAAUGAAGUUAAAUUGUAUGCUAUGGCCGAAGGGUCGGUAGCAUUUCCAAGGGUGCCUUUGAUCCGCUUAGAAGGUCCUUUGACAGUAGUACAGUUACUAGAAACAACUUUGCUGACGCUAGUAAACUAUGCAAGUUUAAUGGCGACUAAUGCAGCAAGAUAUCGAUUAGCUGCAGGCAAUUUAACGUUAUUUGAGUUCGGAUUAAGAAGAGCACAAGGACCAGAUGGAGGAUUAUCAGCCUCAAAGUACUCUUAUAUUGGUGGUUUUGAUGGUACUAGUAACGUCCUAGCAGGAAAACUCUACAACAUCCCCGUCAAGGGAACCCAUGCACACGCUUACAUAACAUCCUUUAAUGGAUUUUCCGAGCUUCAAAAUACAUUUCUUAAUCCCAAAGAUGGUGGAAAACCCCGUGAUCUCCUUAAACUGGCAGUCGCUUGGAAGGAGGAGCUACUUCCGAUUUUCAAUGUGAUUUCUUCGGAAGCAAACGAGGGUGAACUCGCUGCUUUGAUUUCUUUUGCUAUUGCCUUUCCAGAUGGAUUUAUGGCUUUGGUGGAUACUUAUGAGGUCCAACGCAGUGGGCUUCUUAACUUCUGUGCAGUUGCCUUGGCAUUAAACGACUUAGGAUAUUGUGCAAUAGGCAUAAGGCUCGACAGUGGGGACUUGUCCUAUUUGUCAAACGUAGCACGUCAUUACUUUACAGAAAUCAGCAAAAAAUACAAGAUUUCUUGGUUUGAAAAUAUGAUGAUCAUGGCUUCUAAUGAUAUUAAUGAAGAGACUAUUAUAAGCCUCAAUGAGCAGGGACAUAAGAUUAAUUGUUUUGGUAUUGGGACACAUUUGGUUACCUGUCAAAGACAACCGGCUCUUGGAUGUGUUUAUAAGAUGGUUGAGCUAAAUCACUAUCCACGUAUUAAACUUAGCCAAGAAGUCGCAAAAAUCACUAUGCCUGGUAGCAAAGAUGUUUAUAGGUUAUAUAGUGAAAGUGGUUAUGCGCUUGUAGAUCUUUUGCAGAGGUCAGUAGAGCCUCCUCCAGAAACACACCAAAAAAUUCUAUGUCGGCAUCCUUUUGAAGAGUCUAAGAGGGCCUAUGUAAACCCUGCUAAAGUUGAAAAAUUAUUGGAGUUAUAUUGGAAAGAUGGGAGGAUUGUGAAAAGCCUUCCGAACCUACAAGACAUCAGAAGUAAAGUGAUGGCGUCACUAAAGACAUUAAGACCGGACAUAAAGAGGCAUUUGAACCCAACUCCUUAUAAGGUUGCAGUCAGUGAUGAUUUAUACCACUUUAUUCACGACCAGUGGCUUAAAAACGCCCCAAUAGGAGAGCUGUCAUAAAAAGCACGGAAAGGGAGAAAGUUUUAUAGUCGAGAGAAAGUUUAUCGGAAUAGCAAACGGGAAGCAGAAAGGCCAAGAAGCGAGCUUUUGUCAGAGGGAAUUACUAUAAAGGGAAAAGCAGAUAAGGGAUCGAUAUAUUUUACGGUCCUUUGUGUAUCUCGGAAGGUUUAGAUAGAUGCAAUAUUAGCUGCGGACCUAGAAAUUACCAUUUAAUUGUUACAAUUUAUAGAUUAUUUAGAGUUAACUUGUUAAUAUUUGUAAUUUAAUUAGGUAUAAUUUUUUUUUGGAUUUUUAAAACUUUUGCUGCAAGGGUUGUUUUAGUGAUAAAAAUUUAAGCACAAAAAAAUGUUUAGGGUUUUGUUGAUAAUGUAAGGGUAUAUUCUUUAUAUUUUUAUUGAUUUAGUAUGGCUACCAUUAUUUUAAAUUGAACAUAUAGGGCGCAUAGCAAAGCCAUUUCUCAAAGAAUUAAAAAAAAACUAGUUUAAGGAAAAAUGUUAAAACAGUUUUAUUUAGUAUCUCUGUAUUAGCAAUUUCAUUCGCCAAAAGGAUUUUUUUUUUUAAUUUUAUAUUCCACAGUUUUACAUCGAAAACAUUAGUUUUCUGACCAUUUCCCGCAUUUUACUCGCGGGAAUUUUAUAUUGAAUUAAAAACUUCUGGUGGCUCUGAAUCAGAGUAAACAAGUGACUCAUGAAUUUAAAAAAAUCUAUAAAAAGAACACUGACGACUACUACAUAUCUAUUUAAAAGAUUCAAAAUUAUAAGCAAUCAACAGUAGAGAAGUAGACACAUAGGAUUUUAGUUUUUUGUUUGUUGAUUUUUAUGAAAAUUUAUUUAUUUACUCCAAGCGGAGUCGGAUAUUUUUGUUGACGUCUUUAUGUCUUUUAAAUAGUUAAAAAUUAGAUUUUUAUUACCAUAUAUUUAUUUUUAAUUUUUUCUUAGAAUUUACAUGAGUUCAUCUUAAUAAACCUAUAGACUAUCGAAUAAUGCUACUUAAUGCAUCUUCUCAUUUUGGUGUUACACCAUACACACCUAGAUUAAAACGAUAGUUUUUCUUUACAUGGCUUUAUUUUAAAAAAUCUUAACUUAUGGUUAUGGUAUGGCACCAGAAUUUGAAUUUAUAUUGCUCACCUUAAUAAAAACUAUAUUGUAACUGAGUUUCCUCAGAGAAAGCAAUCCGUCCAGAUCUCUAGAAUUGAUGUUUAUUAGAAUUGAAGAAUAAAUAACACAGCGUUUAA